AACGUGUAUGGUUUGAAUUAUGUGAAACCAGCUCCUGUUCCUUGGAGAACUGUAGGUUUUCUGUAAGACUUACAGCUGGGUAAUUGAAAACGUCACCAGCUACAGGAAGUAGACCCGUGGAAAUUAUUUGCCGUGCAAACAGCAGUUAUCUUUCAAUCUCACCAGAAAGGAAGUGUCAGCCUGUCGCAUCUUCUGAGCUUUUUCCUUCGUGGCUCCCGUGGGGCCUACCGCCCUCCUAAAAAUGCUCCCACACAACAUGACCUGGGUGAAAUACCCAACCCUGAGCAAGGAUCCCUCCACCAACUUCCAAGAGAUUAUGUUCGCGCAGCAAGUCAUAUCAAGGUUCAUGCACGUCUACAUCGCUGUCUUUGUGCCGAUGGGUUUAUUAGCCGGCAUCGUUAUCCUGGGCAUUUGCAUCCAGAAUUAUCGAAAUCGCAUCCUGGACAAAAUAGACAUCUUGUUUUUUUCCCAGACGAUCAUCAACCUCUUUGUCAUCCUUCUAUCGCUCACCAUCGCCGUGCGGCCGGCUUACCUCAAAAUGUCCUACCUCGGGUGUGGGACGCUGUCGUUCUUCUUCAACCUGGGUUACUUCUCUUCCCAGUUCCUCCUCCUCUUAAUCAUUCUGAGCCUUUUCCUCGACAGGCACCCGCCUCAAAAUGCUCUAAUUGGCAAGGCGCACCAGAGGCCAGAGGCGUGUGUCGGUUUUGUCCUGAUGUGCGGUUUCUGCGCCGCCUUGAUGCUGAGCGGGCUGCUGGGCAUCGAACAUUACCAGGAAGAAACGGACUGCCAACUGGAUCCCUUGUUUGCCUGGCCCGAAUACGAGAUCAUUAAAUUCGCCUUGGGGUUUUGCGCUCCGUCGUUAGCCAAGCUCCUGCUCUCUAUUCUAGCGUUUGUGAAAAAGACGCCGGCGGGUCAAUAUUCCUCAAGAAAAACCAGCCAACCACUUUGGGCUGUUUUGGCCAUUGUGGUGAGCAUGUUGUCGUGCCGUCUGUUUUAUAACACCUUGAUCUUGGCUAGGACCGGCUUGAAGAUAAAGGGCGAGGCAGGGACGGUUCGGAACGAGCUGAUCAUGAAUGUCUCCGAGGUGGUUUUGUUUUGCGAAAGCUGCGCGAGUUUGGUGCUUGUCCUCUUCCUGCAUCACCCCUACAGGACCACUCUGCGGAAUACGCUUAAAAACCUCACAAGGGCUUGUAGGAAGAGACGGGAUGCCAACUGGGCCCCUGAAAUUCAAGACAAUCAAACCGGACUUUCCGAAAUGCGCUGACAUUGAUUGUCCAAGAUACUAAGACUCGAAGAACUGGGCAUCAGCGGACGUCUACCACAACCAGAAACUGAUUUUCCUCAUUCGUCAGCGGCGGGAAAAAUACCGAUGUUUUUCUCAAGGGGGUACACCUUGAUGGUAUGAGGACUACUACCCUCCCCAUAACUCUGCCCGGGUUUCAUGACAGGCUGGUAUUUUGUUCCGAUAGGCCUGAUCGAUGGGACAGUAGGCCAGGCGAUUAUGUGAUCAAACAGGACUUUGGAAGAAAAGAAAAGGAAAAAAAAAAUCUGCCUUCGUUUCA